AUCGAUUGAACCAACCCAACCCCACGCGACGCGACCCACUCCCCACCCCUUCCCCCUCCCCUCCCCGCCGCUGCCGGCGAUCGCCGGAGAUGUCAUGGCUCGCCCGCUCCCUCGCCACCUCCCUCAACAUCCCCGAAGAUGACCCAGGCGCCGACGACGACCCCGACUCCUACGCCGCCGCCGCCGCCCCGUCUCCCUCCGCGCGCAAUCCGCAUCCGCCGCAAUCCGUGCAUCCCCACCCUCCGCAUUCGGCCGCGGCGGAGGGCGUCAAGGAGGACCUCACCGAGCUGUCCAAAACCCUAACCCGGCAGUUCUGGGGGGUCGCGAAUUUCCUCGCGCCCCCGCCCGGGGAGACCUCGCCCUCGCCCUCCCCGCCAUCGGCGGAGGCCAGAUACGGAGGUGGAACCGCGCAGACGCCGCCUGAGAUCUCCGGGAUCCGCAGCGAUUUUGCCGAGAUCGGCGGGAGGUUCAAGAGCGGGAUCUCGCGGAUCUCGAAUCACAAGGCCAUGUCCGGAUUCUCUAGGAUUGCCUCCAAUUUCUUCGCUGAUGAAGACGAGGAAGAAGAGGAAUUGGUGGAUGCGGUGAGGGGCUACGGGGUGGAAGAGCAGAGGGAAGAGUUGAGGUUUCGAGCGGAGGAGGUGGCGACGGACAGGGUAAGACAUGAGGCAGAUGAUUACGAGGUGAGGCAUGGUUGGGAAGAGAGUGUACGGCAUAGGGUGGACGACGAUGAAGCGAGGCAUGAGGUUGACGACGAUGAGGGGAGGCAUGAUGAGUGGGAGGAGAGGCUAAAACAUGAGGCGGAUGGCGGCGAGGUAAUGCAUAAAGAGCUGGAUGACCACGAGUUGGAGUUGGAGACUGUAAGACAUGAGGAGGAGGAGGAGGAGGUCGAAGAGGAGUGGGAUGUGAUAGGAAUCACCGAGGAGGUGCUUGCAUUCGCCACAAACAUCGCUAGGCACCCCGAGACCUGGCUUGACUUCCCACUGCUCCCUGAUGAUGAUGACUCUGAUGGGCCAUUCUCAUAUUUUGACAUGUCGAAUGCUCAGCAAGAGCAUGCCUUGGCUAUUGAACAGCUUGCUCCUAGAUUAGCUGCUUUGCGGAUUGAACUAUGCCCAAUACAUAUGAGCGAAGAAUGUUUUUGGAAAAUUUAUUUUGUUCUCCUACAUCCUAGACUGAACAAGCAUGAUGCUGAGCUUCUGUCAACACCACAGAUUGUUGAAGCUAGAGCGAUGCUUAUGCAAUGUUUGCAGCACCAGUCAAAGUUUGAAACGGAGCAACUAUUUCAUCGUAAAGAUGAUUUCGGCAUGCAUUCAGAAGAGGAUACCUCCAAAGAUAUUCCAGAGGUAUUCCCAUCUAUGCUACAACAGACCGCUUCCGUCAUCCCUAUAACAGAUUUUGAGACCGAAAAGCAUCCUAUCCAAGUAACUGAAGUUGCAGUAGUCGACAAAUCUGUCAUCAAAGAGCAGCUUACCAAGGAUGGUAGCAAGACCCCAAAUGUUUUGCAAGAAAGCUUUGAUGAUGACAUAGAUGAUUGGUUCGACGAGGAGGCCGAGCUCUCCGGGCACACAACCAUUCCCAUAGGUGAUGAGGAAGAUGUGUCUUUUAGUGACUUGGAGGAUGAUGAUGGGAAAUGAUUCUAGGUCAUGGGCAAUUUCAGCCUGUAUGUUGGAAACUUGCCUUUUCUACUGUACAAGCGAAGUUGAAAUCGUUUUGUCAAUAGAAUGAAAGCUGUAUAGUGAAGUAGAGCUGCUUUGUUUUGGUUUCAAGCUGCCCGGUUGGAAGCAGUGAAAGUAGAGCUGCUUUGUUUUGGCUCAAGCUGCCCUGAUGGAAGCACUGUGGUCACCAGCAUUACGGUUUGUAAUCUUAUUCUUUUAAUCCGUGUACAUAAGCAUUGGUGAUGUUUCAAGUUCACGACAAUAAAAGUUCUAUUCGUUGGUUGGUUUUUAAAGGAUUGCACUUGCACAUCCACACUAUA